AUGACAAUGAAUAUUGCAACGAAACACAAAUAUAUCGAUGAUGUUGUUGUAAUCGUAGUAGCUACGAUUCAACAAGAAAGAGAAUGUUAUUUAAAUAACACAUAUAAGGAAAAGUUAUCAAGUAUCUCUCCUUUUUUAGGUUUUUCUUUAUGUGGUAUCGAUAUUGUUCUCAGCUGUCGUGUAGAUAUCCCGAAAUCAAUAAUCGGUCUAUUACAUAUUAAAACAACAGGUAACAUAUACAAUUAUUUGGAUGGAUUAGUAUUUGGUGGUGGUGGGUUGGUUUGUGGUAUUAGAGCUGAUCGAUUGAAAAGAAAUGAUUGA